CAGGUUUCAGCACAGGAAACUACACUAAUCUCACUUUGUGGUUCUAUAUGACAUGAUACCAACCUCUGCAUUGGGUCUAAUACCUUGUGCUUACAGUGGGGCGUGUAUUCGUUCAUAUACAGGCGAGGUCUUCACAUAUUCAAGACACAUAUAAUACAUGAACGGGGAUGAACAUACCUUCAAACAACGGGGAGCAUACAUAAAGUCCCUAUGCAGUAUUCAAAACAGCGCCUUCUGGUAUACCUGAGCUCUUACGUCAAUGCUAGAAUAAAGCGUGACCCCCCCCCCCCCCUGUAUUCUUGCUCCCCGAAGUUGUUUGUGCCCCUUUAGGCGGACUCAGGGGGCAUUGCCCCCGCCCCCCUUCCCGCUACUCCGUAGACGCCGGCCCUGGUUGAAGCUAAGCUGGAGUGCAGAAAUAAGUGAAGGUGUCUAUUUUCCAACACGGGACACCUAGCGCAUGUGUCGACAAGGGUGCUGAGGAUCCUUGGAAGGAAAGUGCCCGGGACUAUGACAAGGGGAUGCAUCCCCUCGUAAGCCUUCAUCUCUGUGUUGCACGUAUCUCACUCGUGCUGCUUGCGUCGCGUGCUUGCUGUUCUGGACGUCUCACACUAUGGUGGUGUGCAUUGACGUGCGCUGGUUCACCAGAAAGAGGGAAAAGAAGCAUGCGUAUGGGCGAGGUGCGCCGGUUCACCGGGAAAAGCACGGGUAAAGCUAUGAUGUGACGUCAUAUGCACGCCACCUAUAUGAUCCGAAACAGUCAUUCAGAUUUAACAAAUUCAUGAGAAAUAGGGCACUUAUUGGGAUUAGCCAGGAGCCUACGCCUGACUAAGCUUUCCUUCCUUUUUUUAUAAACAUUCCCCCCCAGGAGCCUCAAUUUAGCUGUUACAAGGAAUGCUCAAGCGUCAAGCGCACAUUUUAAAUGAGCCCUUUUAUGAGUUUUAUGAGUUUUCUUGCUCAAAUGUGUCAUCCACUGUGGCUCUUUCUCAUUCAUUUUAUUUUUCAAGCAUGUUGCACUCUCCGCCUGCACCGGUACGACGAAUACCAUCUUUUCAUCUUUUAUUAUCUUUCCAAACGAGGAGAAGACUCUGCUCUAUGAUACGGCGAUAGACUAGUAGACUAUGAUAAACACGGACGCGCGAACGAAGGCAGGCUCGAAGAGCGUGCUCAUUUGCUUGUCAUUUUGGUUUCGUUACUGAUCAUCCUCUCCCAUUUCAGAGCCAAUCAAAUCUUCCUUACCUCCUGAAGAGGAAGUCUGUCCUCGAGCUAUAAAGAGGUCCUAUCGCAUUUCAAAAUGCUUGCAGAAUGCAUGUCUGGUUUCCGUAAGGGUGCUAUAUGUUUAUUAACGAAAAAGAAAGGAAAAGUCAGCAAGACGGAGGUCGGCUGGCUAUUCCAAAAAGAAAAGAGAAAGGAAAAAGAAGAAAAGAAAAGGAAUAUUUCCGUAAGGCCCGAUGUACUUUCGAUGGAGUAUGGGAUCUGGUGGCUUUUGUGGAACAUGAACGUGCUCGUCAUCGUAUCACUGCAGCCGCCUUUUCAGACAUCAAACGAGCGCACGAUACGGUCAGCUACAGCCGCGCCCGCGGGCGCCGUCACGGGGGUGGGUGGGUGCGGAGGCAAGGGGGUUGUUGCCCCCUGGCUUCAUCAAGUAAACACUGCUGUUGCAACACAAACACAAAUUAUUAUUCUUUUUUUCUCUCUACGUUCCAGAAACGUAGGGUUUCUGAGCCAAGACAAUGUAGUUACGGGCGCAGUUGGCGCACAGAGUUCGAUGUAAGAUCCCGUACAGUGAACCCCCCCCCCCAAACAUUAUGCCCUGGCCCCCACCCCUGGAAAAAAAAUAUGGCGACGCCCAUAGCCACGCCCUCUUGCUCUGUACAGCCGAAGGAUCGUUGGAUAGCAGACUACCUCAUCGGCAGGACAUUGUACAUACAUACUGAAGAUGAAGAUAGCGAUCAUCACGAUCUUUCAAGCGGAGUGCCGCAAGGCGGCGUCCUGAGCCACUGGCUUUUCAACGUGGCUAUGGCAAGUUUACCACAUUGUCUGCCCAAAUAUAUGCACAUUAGUAUGUACGCCGACGACAUAUGUCUACGGUCUUCUGGAGAAGAAUUACCAGCAUUGCAGCAGCCCCUCCAGAAUGUACUAGAUUGUAUAGUUGCCUUUUUAACCGAAAGGGGCAGGGAUGUAUCCGCCGAGAAGACUGUGUUUGUUUCCUCUACUCGAAAAAAAAAGGCGGAAAAAAUUUGACUGAGACUUAGUGAUGUCCGAUCUCCGGCUCUUGGAAAUAGUUAUUGAUGCACAGCUUGCAUGGGCAGCUAACAUCAAUCAUCUUAAGGGCAAAGCCAACGCCAUUCAUUGUGGGUUACGUUAAGCGAUGAUUUGACGUUUAGCCAAUAUUGAUCGCGAAGGCGGAGUUUCGUUUCUUUUUUUGUUUAGGUUUUUUUUAUGGGAGUAUCUGAAUUUGUUGUGUGACGAAUUCAAUCUCUCCCUAUUAUUUUUUCGCCAACAUCAACGUCAACGGGGUGAACUGAAGCUGUUGUAGCGGUGAUGAGCGUGUGCUGCAUGGCCUAUUUUAUUGUGAAGAAGGCGUCUAGGCAGGCCAGCUGGUGGAUGAACUCCAUAAUGUAAAAGCCUAAGUCUGAGCACACAGAGGGACGACACGAACACACGACUCAAACCAGCAAAGUUUACUAAUCAUCAUAACACCAUGUACAUAUAGUGACACAGCAUGGGAAAAGAGGGAAAGGACGGUAAAAAGAAAGUCACAUACUCGGCAGAAACGUCAAGCGAAUGCAAGGGUUACACAAGGCGUUGUUAAGCCGGAUGAAUAGCAACGGAAGCAACACUGACGCAGUUUCCCGCAUUGCGGAUCGCCAAAGCCUCUCUAAGAAGUCGCCUUGGUGUAUCUGGUUCCCACGCGAUGAACUGACACAUGUGUUUGUGUUGUCGCUCUGUGUGCCCGGACUCAGGCUUUUACAUUAUGGGAACCUAUUGGACAUUCCUGAUUGGAUGUCAGAGCUCGUUUGUAGGUAAAUGGCAUGUUAUCGAAGCCAGGACUCAUUAGCUGUCCUAGCACUCUAGCUGCGUUUACAUGGAUACUAUGUCGACUAAACGGUCCAGUCGACUGAUGGUCAAAGUCGACUGGCGGCAGUUUACAUGCGGACGACUAAGGCGCCUAAGAGCUCGAUGGAAAUUCAAUCGACUGAUCUUCGACUGAAGCGCCACCCUCAUCUCUGACCCAUAACCUUAUAAUUAGGACAUAUUGCAUACAAACGUCUUAUCGUAUAUGUUCUUUACAUCUAAAACACUUCUGUAGCCUUUCUGCGAACCCACAUUCGAUAAAUAGACUGUCGGCAUUACCAUUCUUUCGGUCCAACUGCGGAAAAAUCUGGCAACAAAUACGCCAAGUUUUGGGAACACAACGCCCGCGGAAGCUAUGGACAAAGUUGUUUUGGUUUUCCUGCUGCUUGCACAGCAAAGCGAGUUUCUUAGCAUGAUCAGCUUGUUACUGAUCCGUCACGUCGCAGCGAUGAUGAUUCUGUUGCACCAACACAACCAAAUGGUGCCGCGCAUACUGUCUGCGACGCCCGACGAUACGGAGACGACGCCACGCUGGACACUCGGAGAAUGGGCAGCUCUGCACGGUAAGGUGUGUGGCGAACUGUGCCGCUCCAGUAUAAUUUUGUAUGGUGCCUGCUUGUCUUGUCCUACUUCCCGUUUUACUUUAUUUUCCGUAUGGGGCCAUGUUUCUGAAGAUAGCGUCCAUCGGCAGCGAUGGGAACAAGGAAAAACUUACAGGAUGCUGUAAUGGUUGUCUGUUGCACAUUUAUUGUAUUGUAGUAUUUUGCUUUUCGCAUGUACUGUUGAACAUCUGAACCGCAUGAUACUCAAAAUAAUGCAUUAAUGUUCGAUUAAAACUACCUAGCCGGCUCGUCUGCAAACUCCGAACUUGAAAACUUUGUGAUGCUUGCUCAAGUGCAGCUGUGCCAUAUUUGUUGCAUUUCUAGCAAGGGUUAAUCUAAUAAAUUUUCUUUAUAUAUAUAUAUUUCUAGCAAAGGUGUAAAAAACUCUGCGAAGUUUAACAAAACGGACUGCGGAGGGACAAACAAAAAACGAACGCCUGUCCGUUUUGUAACAUUUCGCAGCGUUUUUUGCAUCUUUGCCAUGGAAUACCAACUAGCCCAACGGCUUGCGUUAUUUGCAUUUCUAGCAAUGAGAAUAUUGCUGCUAGGAAGGCAGCAGGUACUAAGUGAUGCUACUACACAACAAAGUUCAGCAAGCUAUUGCUCAUGCUUUUGUUUUUCAUGCACCACCAGACAAGCCCAAUUAACCUGUACUGUAUCUCUUCAGACCUGCAAGUCAUAGGGCGUGCAAGACGGCGCAUAUGGAUGUGGACUCGACCAGACGCUUGGUGGGAAAACCUUGUGGCCACUGGUAGCCCGUGCCAGUGGAAGGAGAGCUUCAGGAGUUCGAGGGCAAGUUUUGUACGACUGGUUGCCCUUGUAAGGCCACACAUGUCUCCCGCUCCAAACUGGGUCAGAACGCCAAUGCCAACUGACAAGCGGGUUGCCAUAGCACUGUACAAGUUAGCCAGCUGUGGUGAAUCACGCUGUGCUGCAUCAGUGUUUGGCGUACAUAAAUCGACUGUCCACAAUUGUGUCUACCUGUUUUGCUACACUUUGCGGAAGCACUUUCUGAGCCAGUUCAUCCGCAUGCCUUACCAUGGUACCCACAUUUCUGUUCUCCCUCCAUGGGUGGGCUAUCUGGACAAUGUCAACAGGAAGGGGUGGCCGUCCCUAGUAUUACAAGCUGUUGUGGAUGACAGAAUGAGGUUUGCCUAUGUCAUUUUUUAGCCCGUUCACAACACUUGUACAAGUUUCAUCAACUGCCAUUAUAACUUGUACAAGUGCUAGUUUCGCCAAACAUACUGAUUUGACCCAUAAAUUCACAUAGGGAACAGUUUGCAGGUCCUGCAACAUCUAUUGUGCAUUGCCAGGGUCCGCUCAUGAUGCCUCUGUGCUGGAGUCCUCAAGGCUGUACACAGACAACAGUCAACUUAUUCCACAAGUGCUACAGAGACGUCAGCGGAACCCUGGUUCCAUACGUGAUACUUGGGGACCUGGCAUACCCCUUGUUGCCCUGGCUAAUAAAGCCGUUUCCCCAGAGUCGAAGGCUCACGGCAGAGCAGGAACUGUUCAACGAGCGCCUGAGUGUAGGCAGUGUUAUUGUGGAACAUGCCUUUGGACGACUGAAGAGCAGGUGGCGCUGCGUUUUGAAGCGCACAUACAUCAACUACAAGUUUGUACCAACACUUGUAGCAGCAGUCUGUGUGCUCCAUAACAUUUGCGAGGAAAGCAAUGAGGGCAUCAACCCAAGCUGGGCUGCAGACAUGCAGGACUUAGAACGAACCUUCCCUCAGCCAACACGCCAGUCCCAGGCAGAUGGAGGCAAUGCAGCCGUGCGGGAUGCCCUAUGUGCCUACACAGCAGCCCAUCUGCUUUAAGGUGAGCACUGCGUUUGUCCUCCUCCCUGAGGAUAGCAGAAGAUAGGUAAGCACACAACAGAUCAAUGAAUUGGCAUGGCGUGCCUGAAUGCUACAAAUUCUAUUUUGGUCGUGCAUCAGGGGACCCAUGUGACGUUCUUCAUAGCGACGAGUCUUGUAUUUAUAAUGGCAAAGUCCAGGUACAUGAUUACAUAUUGGUUUUGUGAGGUGAAGUAUAAAUGUGCUGAUGUGCUGGAAAUGAAUUGAUUACAUGCAGCUAAAAGGUAGAAAAAUGAUACAAUCUAUUUUACAUGUACGUUAGGAUAUAUUUAAGAGCAUUCUUUAAAGGCACACACAGACACUACAAACUUGCACAAUACACAAUUUACACAAGCACUGCUUCACACUUUUACAAUAUACACAGUGUUUCACGAAGGGCCCCCGAAGGUCGAAUAAUUUGUGAACAGGUGGUGCCAGCGAAGAUCUUUUUAGUAAAGAUCCUUGGGAGUG